AUGAAGCGGGUAAGCGCCUUCGAGUUCAGCCAGAAGCACCCGGCGACAACGUUGCAGCUGGUACUACCGGCCUGUUGGACCUCCCAGACCUCGCUGGAGUGGGACGAUGCCUUGGCCCUGGCGGCCACCAGUUGCGCUGCACGCGCUGCGGUGCUGGCCCACCAGCGCGCGGUGCGCGUGGUGCUGCUCGAGCUGGUGCCCCUGGUGGCCUCCGCCGUCGCUUCCGUCUCUCUCCACCAACCCCUGGCCGCCGCCGCCGCCGCGGCCCAGCCGGAGGAGGACCAUGGCCCUGACCCGGAUCUCGCCACCAACGCCGAAAUGGCGCUCGACGCGUUGGGGCAGCAGAUCAGCGCCCGGCGGCACCAGCUGCGCAUCGAGCAGCUGCACUACUGGUCAGGCUUUGACAAGGCGGACCGCGCCAUCGUGCGCGCCAUCCGCCAGAGUGUUGUGGUUCGGAGUCACGCCAAGCGAGGGUUCGAUUCGAACAACAAGCUGGUGAUGUGCAUCCUGGAGGUGAAGGUGCCCACUCUCGAUGCUGCAGGCCAUGACACGUUCAUUCUCAACAUUGUACACUCGCUGUCGGGUCGCCCCCAAGAGGAUGUCGACGUGACGGCGCAGGCCUUUUGUCGGCGCUCUGGCGACCCUGCGGAGCCUUCGCUGCUCUUUGGAUACCGCUACGCGUACUAUUUUGGUGAAUCCGACGGUGCGUGCCAGCUGGACACGGAGUUGCUCACCCGAUUCGCCAAGGCCCUGCAUCUGCCUCUUGACCCACAAGAGCCUGAGGAGCUCCACCAGUUCCGAGAGGAGCCGCUCCUCGCACCACCAGCCUCGAUCUGCUUGGACCUGAACCACUUGCUUUGCUCGCCCGCGUUCCUCCGCCGUCUGGCCCGCUGGAUUAAGGCCUGGAGGUACCGGUUGCGGUUGCCACAAGCCUAUGACUUGGCGCUGGAGCUGGAUUCGGUGGCACCCAGCGAUGUGGAGCAAGUGCUCCCCCACAUUCUGCGAGGAAAAGGCAAGUGCAUCAGAGCGAAGCAUAGCAGAGAGCCGAUUGUCUGGUGCCAAGCCAAUAUCCACCUUGCUGUCCCGGGCGAGGGAGGCUGGCUGAUGCUGGGCUUUGCGCUGGAUGCCCACAACAUCAAGCUCUUUGCCCAGGCCUCCAGCGAAUCACUGGCCAAGCGCUUCCACCUCGCCCACGACAGGUCGGACCUCAUCUACCAUGGCAGGGCCACGCCUGGCAGGAAAAGCAUUUGGCAGCUCCGCCCUGGCCUCAAAUUCUUAGGCGAGGUGGCGCGCACCUAUGGGCUACUCCCGCCUCUCGAGCGCUUGCGUCCGAGUGCCGACAGCAACGGCGAAGGCAACUGUGACUUGGCGGAGAAAAAGGUGGAGGACUUGAAUGAGGAGAGAGACAAUAGGCUGCGGGUCCUGGCGGUGCUGUUCGUGUGCGCCCUUGCGGCCACGCCCCAGUACAGCCUGCCCGGCAGAGCCGACGCAGACGACACAGCCGAAAGGGCAGCGCCAUUCGGCAUCUGCAUGAGUCGCAUGAGUGUGGCGGGCAACGUGUUGGCCGAGCCGCCUAGUCACUCCGCCGUGGCUGCCUUCUUGGGCCUGGCGAACAAAUUUCAUUGA